CCCCCCACAGGCCGUGUCGUCUCCAGAGGUCACCGUCCACGGCAGCGAGCUUGCUGUCCUCUCUGGUGAGCCCCCGCUCCUUUCCAGCCGUUUCCGGCCCCGGCUCACCGCGUUCGGACGGCCAGGACUCUCUUGUCGCCGUCUCGCCCGCCAUCGCUGAGUUGUACCCGCUCCGGAAACUCUUCUGACGGACACCGAAACGUCGCUCAUUCUCACCAGUGCUACCCGGCGCCCUUCGCUCGCCUUCCGCGACACCGUUUUCCAUAUAAUUAUCUUCUUCGCCCUCUCCUGCGCCUUCGAUCCGCCGGCCUAGCGCAUCCCCUCUCCGUUCUGAACGACGCCAACCCGAGACAGAGCCCCUCAUGAGCACGGUCGUGAACCUCCAGACAUACACCACCCGCAUGGACUACACCUACUCGCGGCACUCGAACAGUGCUGGCGCACCCCUGCCGCACAUCCCCCGUAGGACGUUCUCGUCGCGCUCGUCGGUCGGCCUGACUGCGUUCCAGUCGACGCCAUCGCCCCCACCCGCGACCAUCUCGCGAGUGUUGUCUGCGGACGCCACUUACCCUGCGGUGGUCCCCAUUCCCACUGUCCUGGUCGUAUCCCCCAGCCCCCCUCAGCCGCAAGAGCCCGUCACCACACAUGAGGACGAGGCGUCCAGCUCCUCGUCCAGCGGCUCGGAGUCGUACGUCCAGAUGUACCCGCGUGCGAAGCGCACCCGCACGCCGAGGAUGCAGCCGUUCCGCUCCGCUGCAGACUCGACCCCCACGCCCGCCGUCUUGAAGGCGAGGAGCAACAAGCAGGGUGCCGCUUUCCCCGUGGUCCCGGCCGCUUCCGGGGACGACACCCCCCGCGCGUCCACCUCGUUCGCGACCCCCAAGCCGACGCUCCGCGUCGACGUAUCUGACGAGAAGACUGCUGUGGCGCGGCCGUCCAUGGUCCGUACGGACAGCAACCGCAUCGUCUCUGCGCCACACAUCGACGCUGCGAAGUCGGCGCGGAAGAAGUCUGGGGAGCCGCUCAAGUCUUCGCUGAAGUCGAGACGGCCGGUCGUCCGUGGCGACCUCUCGGUCGUGACGGGAGUCAGUUUGACGAAGAGCGAGCCGACGACGCCCGUCAAGUCGGUGCACUUCGAUUCCCGCUUGGAGCAGGUCAAGUUGUUCCUCGCCGAGCAGAAGCCUUUGGCUAUCUCUCGCGAGGGAUCCCCGACGGACGACACGAGCGGUACGGAGAGCGACUUCCCGAGCUCGAUAUAUGGCUCGAAGAAGGACGAGGAAAUGAUGCUGACCAUGACGGUAACGAACAUGCCUGCGGCGCCACGGGCGGAUGCGGACAUCGCCCUCGAGGAGUUGAAGCUGUCGGAAGACGGCUUGGCCCUCAACGGCCGCGUGCGCGUGCGCAACAUCGCGUUCGAGAAGUGGGUCGCUGUCCGGUUCACGGUCGACUACUGGCAGACGACGAGCGAGGUGACCGCCAAGUACCUAGAAUCCGUAUCUGGCGGCGUGUUCGAUCGCUUCUCGUUCGCCAUUCGUCUAGGCGACAUGCUGGCGCGGAUAGAAGAGAAGACGAUGUACUGCGCGCUUCGCUAUAACGUGGCCGGCCGCGAGAUCUGGGACAACAACGGCGGCAUGAACUACAAGGCCACGUUCGCCAGGGUCCCGCGUCCGCGGCCCGCUUCUCCGUCGACCUCGACCGGCAACCUCGCGUCGCUCAAGACCAAGCUUGAGAACGUCGUCAAUAGCCAGGAGACCGUCGGCAGCUUCAUGGCGCAGGGCACCAGCGGCAUACGCAAGUCUAACAGCACCUUCACGCUCGAGGCGUCGACGUCCCUCGCCGCCCGCUACGACUUCUCGGCGUCGCUCCGGAGCCCGUGGACGCGGUCUCCGCCGACGUCCGUCACCCCGACGAAGUCGGGCCACGCCCGCAACGUGACGUACCCGAACACGCUCUCGUACUUCCCGAAACGCGGCGCGAUGAGCAAGCAGGCGAUGGUCGAGGACGUGCGGUCGUCGAUCACGCGUUCUCCGCGCCUCGUUCAGCCUGACAGCCCGCUCGAGCAGCUGUCGGCGUCAUUCUACGGCGCCGGAAACGCGAGCGCGGAUGUGGCGGACGACAGCCUCGUGCCGAUCAUGAGUCGCCGGCGGAAUCGCAACCACCAGCGGGGGUACUUCGAAAUCGGGCUCGCGCAGACGGGCAUGGAGGUCAAGCGGACUCCGCCCGGGACCCCGGUCAAGGAGCGGGGCGCGCGGCUGAGCUCGGAGAACCUGGCGCUGAUGGCGAGGGAGAUGGAAGCGGGCGCGAGCGAGCGGCCGACGUGGUUCCUGGAGAGGGGAGGGAGCGAGGAGAGCACGCCCAGCGUCACGUCGAACUCGGAGUCGAGCCUGCAGAGCUCGCCGUCGGGGAGCCCGACGGACGAGCGGGUGUUCGGGUUUGGAGAGGCGCGGGGUGCGGAGAGCGAGAGCUAUAGCUCGUUCUUGAACAAGUACUGCUACUACACCGGGAACGAGGGAUCGUUCUUGGACGUCGGGCAGGACGUGAUUCACCGCUCGCACUCUGCGUCGAGCGUGGAGGAGUUCCUGUCUAUGUCGCCCAGCCCGAGCUACAUGCUCUCUCCUGGCGAGACGCCGACUCGUUCGCCGAGCUACGACGACGUCGCGUCGAUCAGCAGCGGCUCGACGACGCCGACGAUGCGGACCGCAGGGUUCGCAGGCCUGAUGGACUCGCCUUCGAUGGUGUCCGCUGCGCGUUAACCUUGGUUCCCCUUCGGCUCCCGCCGUCUUUCCGCCGUUGUUUGUUCAUCCGUCUGCCGCAUCCGCAUCUCCGCCUCGACAUCUCUAGACUGUAGAGCCCCGCCCGGUCUGCUCGCCGACCACCCUGUACCAUAUCCCUAGCGGCGCGGGGUCCCCGAGAAAAUUAGACGUACUCUUGCGGACAAUCCAUCACCACGCAUAAUGCCCAUCCUUCUCCAUAGACAUCCGUGCCUGUGGCUUGUUUGUUCACCUUCGGCGCCGCAUACACGGAUCUAACUUAACUCCUCGGGGACGCGUUGCUCACCCCUUGGCUUCUUCCCCAAACAUGAUUCCUCAUUCACUCAUCUACCCCCAUCUGUCCCAUUUCCCAUUCCAUUCUAUCAGGGUCCGGUUGUACGUCCUGAGCAUCUUCACCAUCCAUCCCCUACGCACGGGUUCUUGUCACUGUCGAGCGCCAGGCUUCGAUGUGUACCCUGUACUCUAGUCCCCAGAUCUCGGUCCUCGGCUCUUUAUCUCUUUCUCAUUAUCUUUCUGGCUUCUUUCUCCUUUACGACGAGUAUCCGAGAUGAGAGUACGCAUGGGACAGUUUAUUUUGAUCACCAGUGUCCAUCACACUCCCCGCCAGUCAGCGGUUCCCCCUACUACCACCACCACUACCCCUCACAAUCCACUCACCCCCCCGUCCGACCAUCGACCACGCACACACUUACACUGCGCCAGGGCCGCGAAGGCUCGAUGCGUACGGUCACGACGAUAGAGAACCGUCUACUGGUUUGGUUGCAUACGCAUACGCAUACACACGGUCUCGUACAUCGCGCACUUGUUACCCCUUGCCGAGUUGACGUUCUGGCGACCGCCGCCCUGCUGGCGUAUACAUACCAUCCGACCCCAUUGACAUGUCUUCACGA